AUGAGUGUGGAUGUUUCGGAUACAAAGCCCGAGGGAAGGGUCCCUAGAAAGCAACCCUCACUUUUAGGGCGUCUUUUGGGCUCUCAGAAAUCCCCAACCCCUGAGCUGCGCCUGACCCUGGCAUCACCAGAUCCACUCCCACCCUUAUCAGAUCUCCAGCUUCUGGGUUAUGCCAAAGGAACAAAACAUAGGGUGCUUGACGAGGAAUUGGCGCUGAAUAUAAGAUCAUUACUUCCUCCUCGGCUCCAGCUCUACAAUGAAUGGGAGCUCUUGUACUCCUUGGAGCAACACGGCAUCUCCUUGAACUCGCUAUAUCGAAACUGCCGUCCUGAAACACAGAAGCAUAAUCUUAAUGUCAGGAAGGCAAGGGCCAAUGGCGACUCAGGCGGCUUUGCUGAAGGCGUGGUCAAGAAUAUGGUCACUUUUGGUGAGAACCCGCAUGCUCGGGGUAGUAGACCACACGGUUACAUCGUGGUGAUUCAGGAUGAGCACAAGAACAAGUUUGGCUGCUACCUCAACGAGCAUCCUCGCCCUCUGGAACACAAACGAUACUACGGAAAUGGCGAAUGCUUCUUGUGGAAGACAGAGUGGUACAAUGCACCUCAGGAACCCAAAAGGCGAAGAGACCGUCGUUUCAAGGCAUUUCCUUACACGGGACUCAAUGACAACUUGAUCUACUCAAACGUCGACUUUAUAGCUGUUGGCUCUUCCCAUGGUAACAACGGGCUAUAUAUCGACAAAUCUCUUUACCUGGGUGUCUCGUACCCUUGCGAGACUUUCGGCAAUGAGAUCUUAUGUGACCACGAAUCUGGUGCAGAAUACGGCUCCUUCAAGAUCAUGAACCUCGAAGUGUGGAGGGUGGGUGAGCUUGAGUGA